AUGGCGCGCUUCCUGCAAGUUCUCGCUGCGUCGGCGGCGCUCUCGUCCGCUGUGGUCGCUCUCGGGACGAACUACGACCACGACGGCAAGACGACGUACUGCUGGUCUAUCGACGAGCCCGCGUCCAACUCGAAGCUGAGCGAGCUGGACCGCACCCAGGAGUAUUCGGGCGCCGACGGCUGCCCCAUCGCCAUGACCGUAUCGCUGGACGCCACCAGCGUCGAGGUCAACACGCCCGUGAACGUUACCUGGACGGUCGACGCUGACUUCAGCGGGGAGAACCUAGUGAACAUGACGAAGCUCGCCUACGGCGAGGAUUCCAGCGGUCGCACGGCACAGAUCGUGCACUCGAACGUGCACUCGUGCGUGUACCUGUCGGGCUGCGACCCAUUCAACGACGGCAAGCAGCUCGAGGACAAGACCUCGAACCAGAUCGCCAACCUUACUGACAAUGCGGCCGACUUCGAAGACGCGGUGCAGUUCAGCACCGCUGGGGCGUACUCCGUGCUCGCUCACAUUAUCAUGCCCGACACCAACUCGUCAAGGCAAUUCGCCUACGCCGUGUACAUUGAGCUCACUGUGACCGAAGCCACAGAAGCAGACACGACGGAGGCCCCAGCCGCAACCACCACCGAGAGCAGCGGCGGCAUCUCACAAGCGGCGCUCAUUGGGAUCAUUGUGGGCGGCGUUGUGGUGGUCGUAGCGCUGGUGGUAGUUGCCGUGGUGGUGUGGCGCCGGCAGGGCAGCAACGUGAACGACAUGAGCAACUACAGUUACCCUCCACCACCGCCGUACGAUGCAGCAUCGGAACUGUACUCGCUGAACGCCAAGGACAACACAGCUGGAUCGGAGGCUGGCACCGCGCGCGUGACGGGGUCGUGGAGUAUUCCUGCGAACAGCCUCCCAGCCCGGAGCCUGGAUGGCACCAACGGCUCCAAUGGAUCUCGUAGUUCGCACCCAGCUUCGGAAGGAUACUUGUCAUAUGGAGGGGGUUACCGUCCAGUGGAUACAGAAGCCCCGCGGCCGAGGCGAGUGGAUAGCGACGUGGAGCUGUAA